GUGACGUGGAGAAAACAUGGCGUCUUGCCGCAGGUUGCCCUUGCAGCCGUUUCUCUGCAGUAAAUCAGCACGCCUCGCUUGUAACCGAAAUGUCCAGGUUCAAGCUUCAACAGCGGAGAGUUUAUAUCCGCCUAUUCUGUCAUCUCGGACCGCGAAAAGUAAGUCAGCCAAGAGACGCGUAGUGUCUGAAUUCUUCGAGCAUCUGCGCUCGUGCACGGCACACGAGAAGAUCAACGCGCUCACGCGCGUACAGAGCAAAAAGUACGUGAUUUAUCCGCAGACAUUCGCUCUCAAUGCGGACAAAUGGUAUCAACACUACACCAAAACUGCAUAUAUAAGUGGCCUGCCCGAGAAAUACAACGCAUCCGCCGGGGAGAGUUCAAUAGAUGAAUCGCUAUCUGAGCUUCAAUCCCUGGUAUGCAACUCCAUCUUACAAGAACACUGGUACAUGAAGAAAGGGAGAACUUUCACCCAGAAAGAGCAAGAUCAUUUUGCCACUCCUUUUGUUAGGAACAUAGUGUGUGGCCUGAGAAACGUUCUGGCCAAAAAAAAUCCAGUGCUCGGCCUGUCUAGUUUAGAUUUUGACCCCCAAGUGAACUUCUACUGGUUGAGGGGAGAAAGGACAAUUCCAAGAGGACAUCGGAGUGGACGGAUUGAGCCAGUGAGAUUCCAGAUUGAUGAUAAACCACACAGCCAGAUAAGAAUCCCACAACAACUUCCUGAGUUUGUUCCUCUGGAGGCAGAUAUCUCUGCUGAAGUUCCUGUAAUCCAUUCUGCACCUGACCUGCUACCCUUGUUCAGGAGACAGUAUGACAACAACAUCUUCAUAGGUGCCAAACUGGAAGAUCCAUGCUGCUAUGGCCACACACAGUUUCACAUGGUCCCUGAUAGGUUUCGCAGGGACAAAAGGAGAAAGGAAGGCCUCACUGAUCAAAUAGAGGUGUCACUUAGAGCCAACGGUAUUGCCAGCCUGUAUGCAUGGACAGGGGCACAGGCUAUGUACCAAGGAUUUUGGAGUGAAGAGGAUGUGAGCAGGCCAUUUGUGUCUCAGGCUGUUAUCACAGAUGGACAGCACUUCUCAUUUUUCUGCUACCAGCUCAAUACUCUGGCUUUGACCCCAAGGACCGACAGCAACAAUGCCAGGAAGAACUUGUGCUGGGGCACAGAAAGCAUGCGAUUAUAUGAGAAAAUCACAGACGGAGAUGUGGUGGGCUGGAAUGACGCCGUUCUUGGGCUGCUUGUUCAGUUUUUAUUGAACGUGCCAAAAGUUUGAAAAGCAGGAGCAUAGAAAUGUAUGAUGAGCUUGUUUGUUAUGAGUGUCAAUAAACAUAAUGCAUGCCGAUGUGUCUUGUUGACUUAAUUCAAAUUUAAUUUAAAGGUAAAGUGUCUUUUCUGCACUAUUAGGAGCACAAAACAGAAUGGCAAAACACCAGGUUUCCCAAAACACUACUAUCCUUUUCUGCUUUUGGUCCUGUGCCAUUAUUCAGACAAACUAAUAAAUUCCCCAAAAAGCUUGUUAAAGUUUGCCCUGCCCCAAACUCUUAUUGGUUAAGUCAAUGUAGAACUGCUUGAACAGAUCAAUCUUCGAAUGUCUUAGUUAUCUCUGGACAAUAAAGUGGGAUAGGAUAAAAUAUUUCAAUAUAAAAAGUGUGUGCACCCUUUUUUUACAAGUACAUAUAAGUAAUUGUGUUAAUGUUUUGAUUAAAUAACGAAAAC